CUUCCACCUCUAGCGACAAUGAGUAUGAUGGAAUUGCGACCGAUGGACCCCAAACUGGGGCCGCAUCCAGUCUUAGGAGACGGCGGCGGCAUGUUCUCCAUCCCAAGCUUCCCGUCGGACGCGUACCCCGACGUUAUGGACGACAGUCCCGUGCUGCUACGUCCAGGAUCGUCCGUAGCAAUGCUGCGAGGUCAGCCCAUGUCCGAAGAGGUCGGCCAGCCUUCGUGGUAUGAGGAGGAGGCUGUGUCCAAGCGUCUGAGCUGCUGCCAGCUCAUCCGCUUGGCCUUCGACUCACUACUUCUUCUUGGAGCAGCAGCUGGUGUCGUGUUGUCAGCCUAUUUGCCUGUGGACAUUGAGCGCGGCAUGCGUCAUGGAGGAGCACUGCCCUAUGUCUACGCAGUAAUUGUGGCGAUUGCAGGCUACGAGUUCGCAUGGUUGGCGUAUCGAGUGCGUCUAAAGCUCUUCAUGCCCUUCAAGCUGCACGAGAAGCAGACGUCGAGGGAGAUGUACAGACAGAUCAUCGCCUACGCGGUGGACGAGGAGACAGCAGCAGUCACGCCGAUGGCCGAGAAGUUGUGCUGUGGCAGUAAACUAUUCGCAGCUUUGGUACUAUCGGUAUUAGCGGCAGGGGCUGCGGUUGGGCUCUGUUUUGUGCCGGGGAGUACGCAAAUGCCCAUGAUUUAUGUCGGAGUCAGCGCAUUCGUCGGCAUGUUCUCGGCAGCUUUAGCACCAGAUGCACCCACAGCAUUGUGCGUGUUGAUCCGGUACGCUUAUUUCUUCUUAUCCUCGCUGAAUGUGGUGCUACGUAGCGAUGUGGAUCCAUCCAGUGGUGUCAGUGGCAAUGGAAGCGGCUCAGUGGAUGGCUUCAACGGCGAAUUGGACAGUCGAUAUGCCAUGGACAAGUAUCUGGCAGUGGCGGUGGAGUCGUACUCGUUGCUGCUGCUGGGCGUGUGUCUUUUGCUCGUUACGCGUGCAGUGACAAGCAAAGACCCAGUGGAAUCGGCUCUUAUGAUCGUCCUUGAUGUGGCUGGUUUACUGUACUUGAGCUGCUCAGCUGCCGUACUGGAGCUCUUCGAGCAGUCGAUUCGAGUUCGUGCCAGCGGUGCAUUGGCUGGUUUUUUCGUCAUUGUGUGGAGUUCAGAGCUGGGAGCGUUCCUCACUGCGCGUCUACUGAAGGCUGUGCAGUUCCCGUGGAUGCACUCGCUGUCAAAGCACGUGUCGUCGCAGCAGAACGUUGAAAAGAUGAUCGGAGCCAUUGGAUUCGCUGUCGGCACUGCGUUCCUGGCUACCAACUACGUGGAGUUUGACAUGAACGUCGUACUCGUCGCGUUGAUUAGUGCCGGUGCAGUCGUGUGUGCCCAUAUAGGCAAGCUCUUCCUUCUAAGCCUCAAGAAGAUCGCCAAGGUCUCCAAGACAGGCUCCUAUCUUCGUGUCGGCGGUGGCGUUCUGGACCGACUCGAUACGCUCCUCUUUAUGGCCGUAGUGUUCGCUCCAUUCUUCCAACGUGCUGUCUACCACCAGCCACAGUGGUAAAGUUACCAACAUCAAUAUAUUUAACCAUGUCAAUGU